UGUGCGCAUACAAGCAAACACACAAAUUAAAUGUCGACUUACACAUUCUUACAUCUUAUCAAAUUUAUUGUAAGCCAAAGAUCAUUUCAACUACCGAAGUUCAAUCAUUAACAGUUACUUGCUAAAAAAAGCCAACUGUCACAUAACAUAUUUUACUUAAUUGCUUUGUUUUUCUCAAACAAUUAACAUUCAAUUGUAAUAAUAUUUAAAGUUUUAACAUCAGGCAACAAUUGUCUAAACUUUAAGUUUUUUUGUCAGUUUACUGUAACGUUUUAAACGCAUGCCGAUAGUGACAUCGUUAAAUGAUAAUUGAUAAUUCAGAAUGGCAACUCCCACAAACAACCGGAAACCUGGAGUUAUAAUUUUAGGAGGAUGUGGUUUCAUUGGAAGGAACCUCGCGGCUUACCUGAUUGAACAAAAUUUAGUUUCACACAUUAGAAUUGUGGAUAAAGUGCCUCCACAAACUGCUUGGCUCAAUAAAAAACAUCAAUUAAUAUUUGAAAAUCCACUAAUUGAAUUCAAAAGUGCUAAUCUAAUAAACCCUGUUUCGUGCCAAAAUGCCUUUGUCACUGACAAUCCCAUUGACUAUGUGUUUAAUUGUGCGGGAGAAACUAAAAGUGGCCAAACAGACCCCGUUUACCGAGAAGGUAUCUAUAAACUAAGCAUCAAUUGCGCUCAACAUGCUGUCAAACUUGGAGUCAAACGCUUUGUUGAAAUAUCAUCGGGUAAUAUGAGUUCAUCAGAAAAAGCUCCCCACAAGGAAGAUGAUCCUACAGACCCAUGGACAUUUAUUGCUAAACAUAAAUUACAAGUAGAAAAUGACUUAAAAAACAUUCCAGGACUUAAAUAUACAAUACUCCGUCCAGCGGUUGUUUAUGGAGUAGCUGAUAAAAGUGGUCUAGCUCCGCGUCUUGUCGUUGGCGCUGUUUACAAACAUUUGGGUGAAAUGAUGAAAUUACUCUGGGGUCCUAAUCUUCAUAUGAAUACUGUCCAUGUACUUGAUGUCGCCCGAGCAUUGUGGCAUGUAGCUAUCAGAGAUGAUACAAUCGGUCAAGUUUACAAUUUAGUUGAUGAAGGAGAUUCAACACAAGGAUCUAUAAGUGCCAUGGUUUCGGAAUUAUUUAAUAUUAAUCACGACUAUUGGGGUACUGCUCUUUCUACAUUAGCCAAGACGGACAUGAGUACGGUCGUUGAAGAAGUCAACGAUAAACAUAUGGGUCCCUGGGCAGAAGCCUGCACUAAAGAUGGUAUAGAAAAUAGUCCAUUGUCGCCAUACAUUGAUCAGGAAUUGCUGUACAACAAACAUCUUUAUUUAUAUAAUGGAAAGUUACUUAAAAUUGGAUUUAAUUACAAUUAUCCAAAAGUUACUAAGGAACUAUUGAAAGAGAUGCUCGAUGAUUAUGUUUUAAUGAAAAUUUUUCCACAUUCCUUAAUGCUGUAGAAGAAAUCCAAGCUGCCAAUACUCGACGAUGCAAUAAUGACUAAUUCAAUAAGGCCUAGAAUUAUAAAUUUUAGACCCUUAAGUCUGUCAUAGAGAUAAAAAUUUUCACCUCGUGCCUAAUAUUCUUUCGGAAUCAUAUAUUAGAUUAAUGCGUUAUGUGUCUCAUUGAUAUUUGGCAAUUUAUUGACACUUAUCCCAUAAAUUAUAAUUAUAAAAAAAAAAGUUAUUAACUUUAAAAAAGACAUCACGUUACUAAAAUUUAAAAAAUUUCAAUUUAACUAAUUUUAAAUUAGUUAGUUAUUGAAAAUUCGGUAAUGAUACAU